AUGGGCAGUUCAGACCCAGAUGCUGCGAGUGCAGGUCCCUCUCCCUCUUGGUCGAGCAUAUCGAUAUCGACCGAACUCCUACGAGCAGAAUUGGUCCGACGAGAUGAAGGCACACCCAGCUCUAAGCCAGAGUGUGGAUCGGGUGCAAAAGGCAGCUACAACACGUCGGCACAUGUCUUCGCCUUGAUCCUAAUAUUGGUCUUGAGUAUCACCGCUUGCGGAUUUCCCUUGAUCUCUCGUCGAUCAUCCAAAGCCUCUAGUGCAGGAAGAUUCAUAUUUUACUCGCAGCACUUUGGCACCGGGGUGCUUAUAGCAACAGCCUUCGUUCAUCUUCUUCCAACAGCCUUCACCUCCCUUACCAAUCCGUGCCUUCCGCAUUUCUUCAGCCAGGGAUACCACCCUCUAGCUGGCUUGAUUGCCAUGGUAUCAGCCCUUAUUGUGGUUGGGCUUGAGAUGUUUUUGACCGCGAGGGGAGCCGGUCAUUCACACUCACACGGAGGGGAUUGGGAUCCGGUGUUGAACGAGGAGGACCACCACCAUUAUGCGAACGGAUCUGCCGAACGUCAACCCAAGAAUAGGAACACACGAUUAGGAAAGCUAGGAUUGAACCGUAGAGCAAACGAAAUUGCGCUGGAUGAUAUUGACGCUUCGGAGUCCCUUGUUGCUGGCGUUUCUCCACUCCCAGUGUCGACGCCGGAAAUCAAGCACCAAAGUAGAAACCGAGGGGAGAAUGAUGACAACGAAUCCGACCUAGACCUUGAUGAACUCGAUCCUACCGGCCAAAUAUUUAACCCCCCUCGUUCUGAUAUCGAAACGCCCCCCCCGCGAGCGACGACAGAGCUCUCCCAAGAAGAGGAGCGCAAGCGGCAGAUUCUACAGUGUCUUCUCCUCGAAGCUGGCAUUCUAUUUCAUAGUAUAUUCAUUGGAAUGGCUGUGUCAGUUGCAACCGGUCCGCCCUUUGUUGUAUUCUUGGUUGCUAUUGCGUUUCAUCAAUCGUUCGAGGGUCUCGCUCUUGGCUCACGAAUUGCCGCCAUCAGUUUUCCUCACCAUUCUCCGAGACCAUGGCUUAUGGUCCUCGCAUAUGGAAUCACCACGCCUCUCGGACAGGCCAUCGGAUUGAUAGUACAAAACUGGUACGACCCUAGGAGCGCAGUUGGAUUGCUCAUGGUAGGGUUUAUGAAUGCUAUUUCGAGCGGACUACUGCUCUUCGCGGGAUUGGUUCAGCUGCUAGCGGAAGACUUUCUAAGUGAUAAAAGUUAUGGGAUAUUGAAAGGGCGAAGGAGAUUAGAAGCCUUUAUAGCUGUGAUCAGCGGAGCGGUGCUCAUGGCUUUGGUAGGCGCAUGGGCUUGA